CAUCACAUAUUCGGUGGAGGAUACGGUCUAGUUUAGAAGCACCUACUUUGUAGGUUAUGCACAGCACGGCGUCGGUAAUGUAAGCCGUUAGGAACUUGAUAUUGAUUGCAUGCAUUCAGCAGGCCGUGUCCUGUACUCCCUGGCUUGGAACAUACGAAGUAAAUCGACUGCCAUUCUCGUAGGCCCAUUCACGAAACCGAGCGGCGGUAUGGUGAAGUGUAAUUUUUUUUUUAUCAUGAACAAAAUCGAACUCUAAGAGAUUAUGGCGGUUCUCAGUUGCACAUUAGUCGCAAAUAGUAUCAAGUCGCCAUUAUCUUACUAGAGCAAUUGCACAUGCUAGGAAUACUCUGUCAAGUCCCGGGUCAGGUGGUACGGACUUUGUGAUAGUAAUGCUCUCUAGCCAAGACCAAGUAAGUACUGUGCCAACCCAGUUCCCCCAAGUCAACCUUCUCGACUUGAACGAAAACCAAGGCCCCACGUGACGUCAAAUUACUCAGUCCCGUCCUGUCCCCCAUCACCAUUUGCUAGCUAUUACCUACCUACCUACUGCAGUAAGGUACCUACCGCCCUAGCUCACUUCGCACCACCCCUCCGCUGUCCUGCAGGCGGGCACCGGUCCCUGCCUUAGAGAUCCCGCACGCGGGGCAUGUCGAAACUGGGAUUGCCGGGCUUGUUCCGCCCCGCGUCGUCGCUCCUUCGCAACGGCUGUAACACCACACCCUUUUGCAACCUGCCUAGACACAUAACCCGCACCGCGUCGUCGUCGCCGACUUUUACAAACGCCAGAAUGUCCUCCACACAACCCACUGACCGCCGCCCCUUGGUCAUCUGCGGUCCCAGCGGCGUCGGAAAGGGCACCCUGAUCCAGAUGCUCUUCCAGCGUCACCCGGAAACAUUUACCCUUUCCGUGUCGCACACGACGCGCGCGCCGCGCCCCGGCGAGCAGGACGGCGUGCACUACCAUUACGUCACCAAGGAGCAAUUCCAGGCCCUGAUUGCCGAGGACAAGUUUGUCGAGCACGCCCAGUUCGGCAGCAACAACUACGGCACCAGCAAGGCUACCAUCGAGGAGCAGACGGCCAAGGGCAAGGUUGUGGUGCUCGACAUUGAGAUGGAGGGUGUCAAGCAGGUCAAGAAGUCCAGCAUAUCAGCCCGCUACGUUUUCAUCUCCCCGCCGUCGGAGGAGGAGCUCGAGAAGCGCCUGCGGGGUCGCGGAACCGAGAACGAGGACAGCGUCAACCAGCGCCUGAACCGCGCCAAGGAGGAGCUCGCCUGGUCCAAGACGGAAAAGUUUGACAAGGUCCUCGUCAACGACGACCUGGAGAAGACGUUCAAAGAACUCGACGAGUUUGUUUACGAAAUGCCGGCACAGUAGACAGGAGGGGGCCGCAUCAGAUCAGAUGGGUAUACUUUUUUUGCGGUAGACUCUUUUCGGCUAGACAAAAGCACAAGAAGCGACCUUCCCACGCGAUAUGGGUGUCUAUGAUUGCCCUCGUGCCCUCGUGCCGUUGUGUUUAUCGUAUCUCAUCCACUGUGCAGUGGAAAGCGCCAAUCGGUAGUCCAACAUGCGACCCUCGGUAUCGUGGUCUAGCCUUAUAGGGCACAUGCCGCGUAUCGUCCAAUCUACGUUGCAUGCCCACCUACGGAAUACUACUUACUCCCUUUAUAGUACGAAGGUUGAAGGGGUAAGUUCCAGCACCCUGGCACAGUACAAACCUCAUGGAAUUGCCCUAACGGCAUAUGAAUUUUUGGGCUAAAAAGGAUUACAAAAACUGUGCCACGCUCACAGAACUUACCCAUCUAAUCUCUGUAUGUUUAUUCAAGCAACAUCGGCCAAAAUUUCCUAGCCAUUACACUACCUAAUAGCAAACUGGAGUUUCUCUCUUGUUAUUUUUGGAGAUCUCACACGAUACGACGACCUCGGCUGCACGCUGGAUCAGCAGGGUUUCAAACGCUAUAUAUUCAUUAGGAUAGUAUCAUGUUCAUGUAUGCCUCCUCGGUUUACAGUAGUACAGCAGAACUCCUUGUCUACCCCGCUAAAUGGCGACGCAUAUUUCCCUCUAAACAUAAGAUUACCCGGCACGAACGCCUCCAACACCAAACGCCUGAUACCAAGCCAAGUCGUCACCUACCCAAUUCGUGUUUGCCGCAAAUACAGUUCUGCCGAUAUCUAACGUUUUCAGCCAUCCAUCUUCACAUCCCCAUCCUUGCUACUAUCAAGAUGCUUGAGAAGAUAGCUGCGUUUGAAGUACUCGUUGGGAUGUACGAUGGUUUCGAGCUGUGCCACGGUCAUGAUGCCCUCGUCCUUGGCGCGUCUGAUCUCGUUCUUGUGAACAUAUUCAAAGACCCU